GUAAAUACGGAAGUGACGUAACAACCAGUGUUCUAUAACAGAGUGCUCAAACAGGCUUGAUAGAAUUACCUUGAAAUAUUUUACAUUUUUAAGAGUUAUGUUUGAUGUGAACGUUUUCUUAUAGUUUAUUUGUUUUCGGAUUAAGUGGGGGAAGAAAUCUUAGACAAUUCAAAUUCACUUUGCGGUUUGAAAGGGAUGCUUCCUGAAUCGGUAGUACUGUUAGCAUGAUAGCUUUUUGAGUUAUGGAGCGUAAAAAGGAGAAAACUUUUAAGUUUGUUGUGGUCGGAGGUGGCAUUGCGGGUGUAACAUGCGUGGAGCAGCUGUCAUCUCAGUUUCCAUCAGAGGCCGUGGCUCUUAUUACAGCAGGUCCCCACAUAAAGGCGGUGACCAACUAUAAACAGGUGUCCAGAAGACUGGAGGAGUUCGAUGUGGAGGAAAAACCCUCCAGCGUUUUAGAGGAGAAGUAUCCCAACCUGACCAUCAUUCAUUCUGCUGUAAAAUCCCUCCGCACACAAACACACUGUGUGGAAACCGCAGACGGUCGAGUGUUUGCUUACGAGAAGCUCUGUAUAUGCAGCGGUGCCCGUCCGAAACUCUUGACCCAGGAGAACCCGCACGUGCUCGGGAUCCGUGACACAGACAGCGCACAGGAGUUUCAAAAGCGGUUAGCCAAAGCUAAGAGAAUCGUCGUCGUCGGAAACGGAGGAAUCGCAUUGGAGUUGGUGUAUGAGGUGAGGCGCUGUGAGGUGAUCUGGGCUGUGAAGGACAAAGCCAUUGGAAACACCUUCUUUGACGCGGGAGCGGCGCAGUUCCUCAUCCCGUCGCUGGAGGCCGACAAAGAGCAGGCGGCUGCACCGUGCAAAAGGCAGCGCUUCACCACGGCGGAACCGACGCCUGAUGCUGCACACACCUUCACAGCCGAUGAAUAUUCCCGCGGGCAGAACCCCGGUCCCGUCGAGUCCGGCAGUGCUCUCGGCCCGGACUGGCAUCGAGGAAUCGAGCUGCGAGGAGCGGAGCAGGUGUCCCGCAGAGUUUCAGUGGAGUACCAGUGUGAAGUGGAACACAUCUUCACCUCGGAGGAGUCCCUCGUCUCCUCAAAGCAAAGUCCAAAACCCGACACUGGAUCCUGGCCGGUUUACGUCCAGCUGACCAAUGGCAAGACGUUUGGCUGCGACUUGGUGGUCAGCGCCACCGGGGUCGUCCCGAACACAGAGCCAUUUCUCCACGGCAACAACUUUUCAUUGGCAGACGACGGCGGCCUUCAAGUAGACGACCACAUGAAGACGUCAGAGACGGAUGUGUACGCUGCAGGAGACGUGUGCAGUGCAUGCUGGGAGCACAGCCCACUUUGGCAGCAGAUGCGGCUCUGGACGCAGGCCCGUCAGAUGGGCUGGUACGCGGGCCGCUGCGUGGCGGCCGACGUCCUCUCCGAGCCGAUCGACCUUGACUUUUGCUUCGAGCUCUUCUCGCACGUCACCAAAUUCUUCAACUACAAGGUGGUCCUGCUGGGGAAGUUUAACGCACAGGGGCUGGGCUCCGACCACGAGCUGCUGGUUCGCUGCACCAAAGGCCGGGAGUACGUCAAGGUGGUCCUCAGCGGGGGCAGGAUGGUGGGGGCCGUGCUGAUCGGAGAAACCGAUUUAGAGGAGACGUUCGAAAACCUGAUCCUCAACCGGAUGGACCUGACGCCAUACGGAGAGGAGCUGCUCAACCCGGACAUCGACAUCGAGGAUUACUUCGACUGAUCGCUGUCUUCCAAGUCUGGAUAACCAUGAAGAAAGAGAGAUUUAUUUUAUUAUUAAGUAGGUAAAAAUCUGAUUUUUAAGAAAAAUCAAGGCUUCUGGGGUUUUUUUUUUGCCAACUCAUUGAUCAAUUGAGUUGAGUUUGACAGAUGAAGGCUAAUUCACAAAUAAAAAUGAUUAACUUGAAAGCUUCUUAAAACAAAACAUUGUGAUAUUUCAUGAAUGGAAGAUUACACACGCACAAUAAAACCCAUCUUGAUAAAUUCUGUGUGCUCAAAGGUGCACAAUAUUUUCAAAUCUGUCAGGAGGAAAAAAAAUUUUAAAAAUUAGCCGAUAAAAAUCUGACUGGAAUUUAAGUUGUUGGAAACCAAAGAAGCGUCUGAGAGACGACUUGAGUCGUCGAGUUUAGAUGUUAAAGGAUACAUUUGUUCGCAUCAGUGUAAGUGUGGUUUUGUGCUAUAAUUAUUUGAAAACAAAAGUAAAUUAUUUUCCAAAUAAAGUGAGGGUUUUUUUUUUAA